AUGAAGUGGUCAGAAGUAGAAACCAUGCAUUUUGUUGAAUUCUAUAGUGGAAGAGAGUGUUUAUGGAAGAAGAGUAGUGUAAAUUAUCGCAAUAAAAACAUGCGGAAAGCAGCUGAAGAGGACAUCGCGAACAGGAUGGAAAAGGACGGUUUUGGGGUGGCAGAAUUAAAGCAAAAAAUAAAGAUAAUGAGAACAACCUAUAAUCAGGAAGCGUUUAAGGUUGAAAAGUCUAAGAAAUCAGGAGGUAAACCGGAUGAUAUAUACGUUCCCACUGUCAAGCGGAAACAAGGUCUGCUAGAGGAACAAGUCAAUGAAGAACCGUCUCCAAAUCUCUCGCAGAUUCCUAUAAGACCUUCGACCAGCAAAACAUGCUCCCGAGUAGAAUCGACUAGUAAAACAGGUUCUCGAGUAGAAGCAGGAUCGAAAAAUAAAAAAGCACGGAUAGAAGCACUAACCGUAGCUGUUGCAGAGGUCCGAAAAGUCCAGGAAACAAUAACUUCUGAAUCAAUCAGUGAACAUGAAGCUUUUGGCAAGUUCAUUGCAGCCAGUUUAAAUAAACUGCCCCCUGCUGAUUCAAUCAUGGCGCAAGGUGAAAUUCAAAGAGUAAUACAAAAAUAACGAUUGAAUGCGUUAAAUAAGAGCAGUUCGGCUUCUGAGGCUUCCGCAUUAACUACAAUUCAAUCACCAACCCUUUCUUGGGAUUUACCUCCUGCAACUACUCUUGCAUACAGCACUAAUUACCCGGUCAUGAACGAGGACACAGUUGCAAAUGUUGAUGCUGCUAUCGGAGAUAUUAUCUCGCAAGCAUGGAACUUGACAAACUAAAUGUUACAAUUGAAUUUGUUUUUUUAUUAAGAAGCCUAAAUAAAAUUUAAAAAAUGUUUUAUUAUUAUCUAUUUACAUACCUUUACGAAAUCCUUUAAGCAGUCAUACACAGUUUCACAAACAAUGGGAUCAUGAUAGAUAUCGCUGUUUUAGAAACUCGGAAGAGAUGAGAAAGGUUUCUGUAAUUAUUACCAGUUGCUAGAUAAUUCAAGGUUACUUACAACAUUGUUUCUGGUUUGAUAGCGUCUCUCAUAAUAGUGUCCUCUCAUUGGAUUAACGGAGUUAUUAAGCCUAACAAAUAGUAAAAUUUUGCAGCAGUCAUUCUGAGCAUCAUUCUGUAUUCUUUAGGAUCUUCAUAUCUCAGCUCCCUUAUUAAAUUGGUGGAAGCUCCUUGACUUUCUCUCCGUGUAAGCCAUUCUCGAC